GUAGUCUGUAGCUUGUGUCCACAUUGUAUGACUUCCGUGAUACACAACCUCCUGACGGUAACGGUUUUAUUGGACAGAUUGACACUUCGGGAGACAUUUCUACAGCUGACACGCUUCUGAGUAAACCGAUAACGUGGUUACAUCACCGCGUCAACCUGCUGCAACCACUUUAAUCUGGUGAUAAAGUGUAAAUCAUUAUAAAAACACGCCAUGUCGGAGAGUCUGGAGAAGACUGAGGCGUCGAACAGAGACUGCGCAUGCGCACUGGGCAACGACACGCCUGAUGCCAGAGGAGUCGCAGCUGGAGGAGAAGGAGGAGGAGGAGGAGGAGAGCCCAUGCAGGUGGACGCCAAAAGCUGCGCUCAUACCCACAGAUACAGUCUGAGCUACCCCUCGAUCGGCCACUGCGUCAUCAUCAACAACAAGAACUUCCACGCGAGCACCGGCAUGAACCAGCGCAACGGUACGGAUGUCGACGCCGGGAACGCAAUGAAGAUUUUUGGGAAGCUGGGCUACAAAGUGAAGGUGUACAACGACCAGACUGUAGAUCAGAUCAAGAAAGUUUUAACUUCAGUUUCUAGGGAUGACCACAGCCGCUGCGCCUCCUUCGUGUGCGUGUUGCUGAGUCACGGAGACGAGGGUCUGUUUUUUGGGACGGACCAGGCGGUGCAGAUAAAGACCUUGACGAGUCUGUUCAGGGGAGACCACUGCUUGUCGCUAGUGGGCAAACCCAAGCUUUUCUUCAUUCAGGCCUGCCGAGGCACAGGGUUGGACCCUGGUGUCGAGGCUGACAGUCCUGACAGUUCCGUGAGGAUCCCUGUUGAGGCUGAUUUCCUUUAUGCGUAUUCUACAGCACCAGGUUACUACUCGUGGAGGAACACACUAACCGGCUCGUGGUUCAUGCAUUCCCUGUGCGAGAUGCUGAGCAAAUACGGCCGAGAGCUGGAGAUCAUGCAGAUCCUGACGCGCGUCAACCGCAAGGUGGCGCUGGACUUCGAGUCUGCCUCCAACAUGCCCGACUUCCACGCCAAGAAGCAGAUUCCCUGUAUUGUGUCCAUGCUCACCAAAGAGAUGUACUUCACUUCCUGAGUGCAAACACACCCUUCUGUAAUGCGAAAAUGGCUACAAUUAUGUGUUUGUUUUGUUUUGUGUUAAUAUGGUGAGUUGCAUUCUGGGGGCCGCGAUGUGGUGGUAAAUUAUUAUUGGGGUAGAUUCUGUCACACUGUGCAGCUUUAGGGAACAUAUGGCGCAUCACUUCGGUCAUUCAGGUGUUUUAAUUUGUCUUUUGGUUUUGUUUUUCAAGCAGGGCGAUUCGUCAAUCAGUUUCAGUGGGAUUCUUAAAUCAAAAUGUAAUGCCUUAUUUUUAGCCCGACUUUUUGAAAAAAGAUGAAAAAGGGAAAAAAAAAAGACUUGCAAUAAAAGUUCAAAAUGGGUCAGGGGUGACCCUGACAAAUAGGUCAGGGUCUUCCAGUCAAAAUUGUGAGUUUGCAUUUUGUUUAAUCCAGAAUACUUGAAUAUCUAGCCAACUGGUCAAAAUUUCAAUUCGUAACCUGCCCCCCUAGUGGUAGAGUUUGGGAGUCUUUUUUCUUUUUUUAUCUAUUGUAUAGGACUCAUUAGGAAACGUUGUGAAGUGAGCCAUUAAAAUAUUGUUAGGGAAAAAUGUUUACAACUAUACAAAUGGAAUUGAUAUAGUAGAACAGUUUUUUUUUUUUUUUUUAAUGCUUCAGUUUAAGUGUAUUUGUGGUGGUAUGCUUUCACAAUCAAGUUUUUUUUCACAUCAUUGACUAACUUAAAGAAGAAAUACUUUCCUUAUGUUGCUAUAGUUAUACCGCAGUACGUAAGCUGUGUUUCGAUGUUGUUAUAUGAUUAAAUGGCUGAAUUUGGCUUUAAACGGGUAACAUGAGGGCAGAGCGACAACGAAAAUAAGAUAAAAUUGUUAAAAAUACAUACUUUUUCCUCAGAUGUGUUGGGGAACUAUUAAAAAAAUGCUCCAAAGGCCUUGAACACUUAUUUACAGCUCCUCAUACUUAGCAUUAGCCGCUGAAUUGAAGUGGGUUGUGUUACAUGAGAAAGAAGGAAAUGUCCCCAUUCCGUUAUGGCCUGACUUUACCUGUAUUGGUUGUUUGUGUCACAUUUUCUGGUAAACAUUAGUUUUUCUGUGGGAUUAUCUGCGUAAUUGGUUUAGAUGGCACGGCUAAAGGGCUUGACUGAAUGAAUAUACUUCAGCGGCCCUGCAGGAGCGUUUUAUGUAAAUAAAUUCUCAUGAAUUGCCUAACAAAGGUCUGUCUGUUCGUCAAUGCCCGAGACACUGAGUCAUAAGGGAUGUGAUAUCGGACUGUUUUUUUGGGUUUAUAGGGGGUUCUGUUACAGGUCACCAGGGUUCUCUCGCAUACACUUUUACAACUUUUUUGGACAUCCACUUCAUUUCAUUUAAUGUCACUUCAUUUCAUUAAAACUUGAACUGAGCCUUGAUAUCGAGAGAAAACCUGAACGACUCAACUUUUGAAUUUACAUUCAGUACGAAACUGCUGUAGCAUUUAUGUUGUUUAUUCAUAAUGGUUAAAGGGGAGUUUUGUGGCUGUGUGUGUGUGUUUGUCUUGUGUGUUUAUUAUUGGAUAAAUCUGAACUACAUAAUGUGACCCUGCAACUUUAUUAACCUGUAUUUAUAGUUUCAACAUCCGCUACUCGAAUCACUGUUCUAUAAAACCAGCUAGCAAUAGGGCUCAAACGAAUCGAAUCAGGGAACGAAAGCAUUUGGCAACCAUUAUAGGAUCCGGAUACCGGUGUAUAAUUGCACUAUACUGCAUGCAUUUUUAUCCACGAUAAUUUGUCUUUCUACUCUCUAGGUGCUGUUUAUAUAUAUAUAUAUAUAUAUAAUCAUAGUCGUUACACCCGAAUCACACACUUAAAUUUAAUCAGGUAUUUUUAUUUUGGUUUUGUUUGUUUUUUAAGAUCGUGGCUUUACAACAAUCACACAAGACCUCAAGUGUCCCUUUACUUUAACUGAAAGUGUCUUUAGCACGAGCUAAAGUUUCCUGUACUGUGUAAGAAACAUUUAUGGUAGUAGUUAUAGUAACACCAAUACCAUGUGUCACUGAGCGUGCUUUCACUUCCCUGUCAUUUCACUUGCAUUUGUUCCUUAAAUAUAAACCAUGUAUGAAGAAUUAAAAUAGAUGACAUUUCAUUUAUCGUGUGCAUCAGCUGUACUGUGCAGGUGUUGAUAAAAUAAAAAGCACAUACUGUA